AGGAGCGGCUUGAGGGGAAAGCAGAGGAGAAAGCAGAAGAAUGGCUUUUCUUGACUGGAAACUAUGGACCAUGAAACUUCUUUGUGUUGCACUUGCUUUUGGUUUGGGUUGCCAUCUGGUUACUGCUACAUUGUCAAAGACGGAUGCCAAGAGAAGUGCUUCAAAAGCACUGGAGGAAAAGACAGUGCAUCCAGACAAAACAGUACAGGACCGGGGUCUGGUAACAACUGAUCCGAAGGCGAAAGAUAUUGUAUUGGAACACAAAAGUUACUGUGCCAAGAAAGUGAAGGAGAGACACUUCUCAGGAGAUGUUCUGGGAUAUAUCACCCCUUGGAACAGCCAUGGAUAUGAUAUUGCUAAAAUGUUUGGAAACAAGUUUACAUCCAUCUCGCCUGUCUGGCUCCAAGUGAAAAGAAAGGGCAAGGAACGGUUCCAGUUUAGUGGGCUUCAUGAUGCUGACCAAGGCUGGAUAAAGGAUGUCAGAAAAAAUGCCAAAAACAUCAAAAUAAUGCCUCGAAUCUUGUUUGAUGGCUGGUCUUACCAUGACUUUGAAAGUGUUUUUGCCAGUGAAGAUGAGAUAGAAGAGCUCUCCCAGGUCAUGGUUCAGCUAGCUAAGAAUGAAAACUUUGAUGGCUUUGUAGUUGAAGUCUGGAGUCAGCUGGGAAAUCAAAAGCAAAAGGAACUGAUUCAUCUACUCACUCACCUCUCUGAAGCAAUGCAUAAGGCACAACUUAAGCUAACACUGGUCAUUCCCCCUGCUGUCUCACCAGGGAGUAACCAGUUGGGGAUGUUCACAAAAAAAGAAUUUGAUCAAUUGGCCCCAGUAGUGGACAGUUUCAGUCUCAUGACUUAUGACUAUUCAACCCCACAACGGCCUGGUCCAAAUUCACCUCUUCCCUGGGUAAGAGCCUGUGUGCAGAUGCUAGAUCCAGAAUCCAAAUGGAGAAGUAAAAUUCUUCUUGGGCUGAAUUUCUAUGGCAUGGACUAUUCAGCUCUGGGUGCCUCUGGGGAACCUAUCUUUGGCAGCAGGUACAUUGAAACCCUGAAGGAACACAAACCGAAAAUCAUUUGGGAUGAACAAAUAGCUGAACAUUAUUUUGAAUACAAGAAAAAUAAAGGAGGAAAGCACGCAGUCUUCUACCCAACAUUAAAGUCCAUCCAACUGCGCUUAGAAUUUGCAAAGGAAUUGGGCACUGGAAUAUCCAUCUGGGAGCUGGGACAAGGCCUGGAUUAUUUUUAUGACCUACUUUAAAAUAAACGACCUGGGAAAGACUUUAUUUGCUGAGAUUGUUUCAUCAAUUACUUGGGGGGAUUUUUGGGAGAAGGUUUUUUUUAAAAAUACUGGUUUUUGUAAUUUAUAGUAAAUCUGUAUUAAAUUUGCAUUUUCCCAAUAAAUAAGAUGUUCUGAAUUACUGUA